AUGGCCCCCUCUCCAACUAUCCGCCGACUUCUCAAAGAGACAGCUGAGCUGUCUUCUCCAUCAUCAAACCCUAACCCGGCAUUCUAUGCUGCACCUGUAUCCGAUGCCGACCUCCAUGACUGGCACUUCACGCUGUUGGGGCCUCCUUCCCCCUCUCCAUACUCUGGUGGCAUGUAUCACGGGCGCAUCACAUUACCACCUACAUAUCCAUUAAAACCACCCAACUUCCGCUUCCUUACUCCCUCGGGCCGAUUCGAAGUCAAUCGCGAGAUCUGUCUAAGCAUUUCGGGAUUUCAUGAGGAAACCUGGAUGCCAGCCUGGGGUGUGCGGACAGCACUUACUGCACUACGUUCUUUUAUGGCAGAACAAGGCAGUGCAGGUCAAGUGGGUGGUCUAGAAGCCAGUAAGGAAGUAAGAGCACGUCUGGCAAAAGAAAGUCGUACGUGGAGGUGUGAUGCGUGUAAGAAAACGAACGAGGUGGUCAUGAGGGACUGGUGGGAGAUUUGUCACGAAGCGGGGAUCAAUGUACAAGAAGAAGAUCUUGGUCUGGAAGCAUUGCCCGAGGGAAUGAAGCUUGAAGCACGAGUGCCCAAGGCGCAAGAGCAGCCCAAGAAUGACACCGCAUCGCAAGAAACAGCGCAGGAUGGACAGCUACAGCGACGAGAGCAGGCGUCAAUAUCUGGCAUCAUAUCACCACAGCCAACGACUAUGGUUAAACCGUCAACGACGCCAGAACCACACACUCCUCCACGUUUAAAUUCUCAUAUAAGGUCAGGCUCGCUCUCUCCAAACUCCUCCACCCUGGCACCAGGCUCCAUUCCCCUCGUACCGACACCUAGUGCCGAAGCGACACAGGCCAGCGCAGAGGCUGUGCUAACAGCAGCGGAUCUCUCCGCUCAUGGGCCAUCGACGCGACCACUCACCUCAAUCCAUUCACAAUCUGCACCACUCGCAGCCGCAACAGCCGCGACUAACAACAAUUCGGCGCAUCAACUGCUGCCCCAUGGCAAUGGAGGCCGCCAACGAGAGCAGCAGGCAAUCACCAUAGACCGUGCUAUCGCAGGCGUCUUUCUCGCCUUGUGUCUCAUGGUCCUGAAGAAGAUAUUCUACCCGGCUGGCUCGGGCACUUCCGCAGAAGCAUUAACGAGAGACGACUUUUAUUUGCAGAGAGAAUGA